AUGCGGGUGCAAAUAUGGUCCGGAGGCAGAAGCAGUAGGUGGCGGGCUGUGUGUGGUUUGGGCAGCAGAGGUGGCGUGCAUAUACGCGGUGCGGGCGACAGUAGGGGUGUGUGGCGGGCUGUGUGCGCGGUGCAAGCGACUGGACGCAAGGGUGGUCCAGAGUCGGUGGCAGCGACAUGUGCAUGUGCAGUGCGAGCAACAGAAGGGCGGAGGGCUGCGUGCGCAUGCGUGAUGUGGGGGGCAGAAGGCAUGCAUGGAGGCAGAGGUGGAGGCAUGCACGUGUGCGGCGUGGGUGACAGAAGGAGUGGGCGGCAGUCUGCGUGCAUGGCGGUGGGCAGCUUAGAGGCAGCGGCGGAGGCAUCGAGCUCUGACAAGCCAUCUCCUUUGACGUCAACUUCCGGAUGUGCGGACGACAUGUACGAUCUAAAUGGCGCUAAUAAUUCUCCUUGGGAGGGGCGGCUCCCCGAUGUCGCAGGAUUCUCCAAUGUCCGUGAUAUCGACCUCAUUUCCUUCUCUACCCUUUGCAAGCGGCUCGAAACUCAUCGACCAAGCAAAGAUGCCCGUGAUUUUUCAACCAGCCCUGCUAAAUCUGCAGAAUUCCGGAUACAGCUCCAUACUUAUGUACCACUGGGACAAGCCAUCGCCUCCGCCAGUGCGCAGGCACUUGUGCACUGUGGCAACCAUGCCUACAUAUCGCUUCAAUUAGAGAAUGUACGGCUCAAACACCAGAUGGAGGGCAUGCAAUGCGGCAGCAUCCACAGCGUAGUUGGAGACGCUCUUGCGUCUGGAUCUGCACGCCGACAGCAGCGACUAUGGUUUGGAUAG